CAAGAUCGCGAUGAAUACAUAGAAAUUAUAUGGCGUAAUGUACAAAAUGGAGCUGACGAUCAAUUUGAGAAAAUUUAUUUUGGAUACAAUUUAAACGUGAUCGAUCAUCUCAAAGAGCCGUACGAUUACUCCUCUAUUAUGCACUAUGGACCGUACGCAUUCAGCGGAUCCGGAAAGAAAACCAUUCUUCCACGAAAGAGUGGUGCGGAACGAAUGGGUCAAAGAAUUGCAUUCUCUGAAGGUGAUAUAAGGAAGAUAAACAAGUUGUAUAAUUGCGAUAUGAGCAUCAGCGGAAAUGCAAUCAUCGAUAGGAACCAAGUAAGGACUUUGCAUAACUAUAUCAGUUGAAA